CUCAAAGCACAAAGAACGUUGUAGAAAGUGGCUUCUGAUUUACAGAAAACUUGAAUUUGAAUUAUUCGUAGUUGAAAUCUGUAGAUUUCCAGCUCAAAGAAGACGAACAUAGAGAUAGAAAAAGCAAGUCACAAGGCAGCGUGCAAAGAAGGAAGAGAAAUGAAUCUUCUAUUGGAGUUCCUCUGGCUUAUAGUCAUCAUAAUCUAUUCAUAUGUGGAGGCUUUGGUGAAACUUUUUAUUCCUGUGAAGAGAAAAUCUGUCAGGGGAGAGAUUGUCCUUAUCACCGGAGCAGCGCAUGGCAUUGGAAGACUCACAGCCUAUGAGUUUGCCAAGCAUCAAAGCAAACUGGUUCUCUGGGAUCUCAACAAGAAAGGCCUUGAGGAAACUGCCGAGGGAUGCAAGCAGCUCGGAGCUGAAGUCCACGCCUUCAGAGUGGAUUGCAGCGUCAAGGAGGAAAUCUACAGUGCUGCAGAGAAGGUAAAAAGAGAGAUUGGAGAUGUGAGUAUCUUGGUGAAUAAUGCUGGAGUGGUAGCAGCAGCUGAUUUCCUUUCCACCCUGGACAAGCAAAUUGAAAAAAUGUUUCAAGUCAACAUUCUUGCUCAUCACUGGACAGUAAAAGCAUUCCUGCCAGCAAUGGUGGAAAAUAACCACGGGCAUAUUGUCACCGUUGCUUCAGCUGGUGGGCAUGUGACUGUCCCUUUCCUAGUGUCUUAUUGUUCAAGCAAGUUUGCUGCUGUUGGAUUUCAUAAAAGUCUGAGUCAAGAACUGUCUGUACUGGGAAAAGAUGGGAUCAAAACCUCAUGCCUUUGUCCUGUUUUUAUCAACACCGGCUUUAUAAAACAUCCAAGUUCAAGGAUACUGCCUGUUCUCGAACCUGACAGAGUUGCAAAGAAACUCAUGGAUGGAAUACUUUGCAACCAAAAAAUGAUUUUUCUUCCACCUUCUUUGACAACCGCUCUACUGCUGGAAAGAAUUCUACCAGAGCGUGUCUUGCUGGCUGUGGACAAGAUAAUUAAUGUAAAAUUUGAAGCUAUUCUUGGAUGUGAGAGAAAAGAACAAUAAAUAAAUGUCCUGCAAAAGUAUGUAUAGGGACACUUUCAGUAAUAAGUUUUUCAGAAGUUAAAUUGAUUCCAAGUAAUAUGGAAUGGUGCUUUUUGUCCCGCUUUUUAUAGCAUCUUGUCUGUAACCUCUGAAAUGAAUCUCACACAUGUUUCCUUCCAAUAUAUAUUAAAAG